AAGUCUGAAGCAACAGAAAUAAAGUGAAGUAAAAGAGAUAAAAGACACACGGAUCUUGAGAUCUCUAGUCCAAUAAACGGCAUUACUGUAGCACUCGAUGCGCACUUGAAAGCGAAGUGAAAAUUAGUCGCAUGCCAAAGUGAAAAAGAAAUAAAAAUUAAUCAGAAAAAAGCCACAAAAAAAACCCAAAAAAAUCUCUGAUUAUACUCAGAUAUUAAGUUUCAUAUAGCAUAUGAAAGAAGACCCAAAAAAAGUGGAAAAGCAAAGUAAACACCAAUUGGUGUCGACUCAAUUAGCACAGUUCACAAAGUUAAUUGAAAUAUAUAUUAAUAUACAUGUGCAUACGUAAUAUAUAUAUAUAUGGUUAUUACCAAUAAAUAGUUGGCUACUCCAGUGACCUUCAGGCUAGCCCAAAAAGCCAAAGCAAGCGGGCUAAGCUAACAAGCAAUCAUUGCGUAGCUGCGACACACACAACAUAAUCACAACAACAAAUAAAGCAAGGUAACAGUUAGACAACAUGGAGCGGAUGGAGCUCAUGGCGUGCACCUUGGGGCUGUUGUCUUUGAUGGGCGUGGCCAAGGGCGCCACCAACCAGAGCAACACAGCGUCCCAGCUAUACUGGCAGCAACAACAGCAACAAUUGAAGUUUUCAAUCGAUUUUCAAUCAAUCGUCGAUGAUUUGCAUGAACCGCAUUUAACGCGCACUUCGGUCAUCUUUGGGCUGACAAAGGUUGUCAAUGGCAGCCAGGUGAAUGCUCAGUGCGAGGCGCAUUUGAGGCAGGUGCAACGCGGCAUACUCAGCAAACAGCCCUGGGCAAUGAAAGUGCUCGACGCCUCCGGCACAAAGCCCUCGGGCUUUGUUUAUGGCCAGAACUAUUGGCUGGGCAGCCGGGAGGCGUGCAAGGGUGUCCAGCGGCCCGUGGGCAUUACGCUGUCCAAGAACUUCGAGCGUGUGAUGCAUCAAGGACUGAUCACGCAGCAGGCGCCCUUCGACAUGGACUAUCGAGUUGUCUACUUGCGUCACCAUUCUCCAUGGCAGGUGGAGAUUAAGCUGAUGUCCGAGCAAAUCAUACACAUUGGACUGUGCCUGCCCAGCGCGUGCUCCUCGCACGAGGUGAAGCAUCUGGCCGGGGAGUAUGUGGGGCGUGGCCUGUUUGCAGAGAACGACAUCUACGAUAUACGACCGGAGGUGCUGUACAUGAAGGAUCUGCAGCUGGGCGAGGCUUUCUAUCAGCGGACUAGCUUUCGGCUCCUGGUCUCCUGUGUCCUGGUCACAGCUGCUCUGAUGCUCUGUGCCCAGCAGCUGUUGGCCGUCAAGAAGUUGACCAGCUCUGGCGAGGAUCUGGGUCUGGCGCCCGCUGAAUCUGAGCUAUGGCGUGCUCUGCACUCUUUGCUGCGCUUGCAGAAGCUGCGGCAGCUCGUCAGCUGCUACGAUGUGCCUGGCAACUGGAGCAAGAUCUUCGCCAUACGCGAGUCGCAGCCACAGGAGAUACCCAUUAUGAAUGGGUUGCGCUCUGUGUGCGCCAUAUGGAUAAUGAUCUUCCACGUGGUGUGGUUCAUGUACUUCACGGUCCACAACAAAACUGUGCUCAUCUCCUAUGCGGAACAGGCAUUCUUUCAAUACGUCUCCUCCGCGCCGCUGCUCGUCGAUGUCUUCUUUACCAUCAGUGGCUUUCUGCAAACUUACAACUUUCUGCGCAACUCCGUCCAGCUGGAGGCAGUGCGUCGCAAUGGCUGGCAGCAAAAUCUCAAGCUCUUUGGCAAGCUGCUCUUCCACAGAUACCUGCGCCUGGGUCCACUCUACCUGGUGGUCAUGGCUCUGGUGGAUCUCGUGUAUGCCUAUAUUGGCGACACCUCUGUCUACCACAUAAACGAACGCUUCGACGAGAUGUGCUCCAGGCAUUGGUGGCGCAAUCUGCUCUUCAUACAGAAUCUCUUCGAUCAUCGCGAUAUGUGCGCCAACUGGAGCUGGUCGCUGGCCUGCGAGAUGCAGUUCUUCAUACUGGCUAAUGUUUUGCUCUUUCUAUAUGCCAAGCAUCCCAAGCUUACCAAGGCCUUGGUAGCUACGUCGCUUGUGUCCACCAUAGCCUGGUCCUACGGCAUAGGAUUGCGCAUUAAGUUUCAACUGUCUUUCGACGCUGCCUUUGCCACUGGCACUGAGAUCUAUACGUCACCCUUUGUCAGGGUGCUACCCUAUAUCCUAGGAGCCAUGACAGCCUGGUCGCUGCUGGAGCUGCGGCCACAGCUGCUGCUGAGCGAACUGCGUGAACGUUGUUUCUGGCACUUGGCUCUGCUUGUCUUCUUUGCCUGCAUCUAUUCCACGAUUCGCAGGGAUUUGGGUCCCCUGAUGGCCAUAUCGCUGUUCGUGCUGGGUCGCCUCUUCUUCUCGCUGAGUGUCUGCUGGAUGAUUGCGGGCAGCGCUCAGGGCAAAGGCGUCUGGUGGUCUCGACUGCUGGAGGCCAAGGGCUUUCAGCAUCUCAGUCGUCUAUCAUACGCCAUUUACUUGCUCAAUCCCUUGGUGAUUGCCUUUUUCUAUAGCUUAACAAGCGCCAGCACUCAUGCAGACCCGUUUAUGCUGUGCGUUGUUACCUGUGGAUUUGCUGUCAUCGUCUAUUUGGCCUCCAUAGUCUUUUCUUUGGCCUUCGAGUUGCCGUACAGCAAUCUGUCCAGCAUUUUGCUGCGGCGAAGCCUAAAAUGCCUGAAAGAUGCCUAAUCAUAAUGUUAUUAUAUAGAACGCCUACAUUUUUCAAUUGUGAUC